CUACGUCAUCGGUCGUCUUAGCUGAGCGGUCAAAAAAAAAAAAAAAAAAACUUUUAAAAAAACCGUUAACUUUAACAAUACAAUAUUAUUCGAACGUCGGUCCUUUUCGACGGACAAACCGGACACGGUUAAACGGCACUCGAACAAAGUUUACCGGCCAAUAAUAUAAUAUUGUACAUUGCGUUGGAUUGGAUAUCGCAUAUUGAUGGAGAGCAUUUACCCGAGACGCGUUCCCAUCGUGGGCAACCUGACCGGGACAGGAUGGACCGUGGCCAGCCAGGAGAGCAUACUUUCCUUGAUCGUCGUCCUGGGCAGCAGCGUAUCAUUGGUGGGACUCAUAUUCGCGUUCAUAACAUACAGCUUGUUUUCCGACCUGAGGACCAUGUCUGGUACUGCUUUGAUGUAUUUGUUGGCCAACAUGUUUUUGACUCAACUAUUUUACGUUGUCGGAGUCGGCGGUGUUCAGGAGGACAGCCUUUGUUUGUGUUUGGCGUUCGGAAUCCACUAUCUCCGCUUGGCCGUCAUCAGCUGGCUGUGUGUCAUGACCUACGACAUGUUGAUCACAUUCCGGAACAACGUUAACCUCAACCCAAGACCAGAGCCCGUCAACGUACUCGUGUCCAGAUUCGUCAAGUACAGCCUGUUUGCAUGGGGAAUGCCAUCCCUGUCGGUGAUAUCGGCCAGCGUCAUGCGGGCAAUGACCAGUCGUCAGAUCAUCGACAACCUGAACCCUUACAACUGUUGGUUUUUCGAAACGGACAUCUAUAACGUGACGUUCGUGGGACCGGCCCUGUGCUGUUUCGCCGCGAUCGCGGUGUCGCUGUUCCGCAGUUGGCUUACGGUCAGGGCCACCGUCGGCAUGCAAGUGGACAAGAAAUCGCGGUUGAAGAUGCACAGGAAGCGCACGCUGCAGCUGCACCUGUACGGCAAGAUCGCCGUGCUAAUGUUCGCGGUCAACGUGUUCGGGUGCGUGGCCAGGAACGGGUCGCCCGCGUCCGACCCGGUUGCCUGGAUCGCGUACAACGUCGGCCAUUCGCUGCAGGGCAUCCUGGUGGCCCUGGCCGUCACGUGCAACUGUCAGGUGCUGAAGAUCUACACGAGGUCGUUCUCCCGGCGGCGCCGGCGGGUUUCCAGGAACGGCAGCGAAGUGGCCCUGUUCGACAAACGCGACAACGACAUCAGCGACACCACUUACCUGCACAACCUCACCUGGGACCCGGUCCCGUUGCCCGUCUAGGCAACCCACGGCGCAUAACUCGCGUGAGUUGAGACCACGGCUAGUUCAACGUUCAACGAAACUCGAGUUGUCUUGCACGUUGGGAAAAUUCGUUCUUCUCCUGUCCGACCCGAUAAAGACGUUAAGUUUUUCUUUUACAACUCGUCCAUCUCAUCUCUAUACUUCACCCAUAAUAAUAAUACAGUGAAAGUGAGUCACAGUGAUACAUCAUAAUUCGAAACCCAGCGGUCGCUCAAAGGGUCAAAACGAACUGGACGGGUUGUAUUCAAAUUGUAUUAUAUUGGGUCUUUUGGGUCUGUACACAAAUUAUUUAUAUUUUACAAAAAUACAAUAGAAUUUAUAGUUUUACAUUUUAAAUUAUUAAAACUAAAUAGUUUAUGAUUAUCAUUUUACUAAAAAGUAAAACCCUAACCUGAUAGUUAUUAAGCUGAUAGUUACCCGCCGUUUUGUAAUCAGAAAAUAAAUAUUAUUUGUAAAAUUUAAUUUGUGGGCAAAAUCAAAAAGUAAUACAAUCAAAUAAUUUUUCCUUUUCGAUAAAAUAAUUUAUGUUAACAUUGUUUUCACCCCCAAAUUACCAUGUAAAAACAUGUUAAUAGAUUUUGACUUUACGAACUUUCUAAUUUGUUGUAUUGUUUUAAUUGUGUACAUAUUAUUAUUAAAUAAUUUAUAUUGAUUGUCGACGGAAACCGUUUAACAAAAAAGAGGGACGAAAAAGUGAGACAUGCAUAAACAGAAUGAUCGACUUACGAUUACUUACCUACCAUGGUAAUGCAUAGAUAACUGUUUUGAUAAUGUAAUAAAAUAUAAAUAUUUUACAUUAUAAUAUAUAGUCAUUUAUUGUAUUGAUGUAUUCUCAACGUAUUAUAACAACUACAAUUAAAUUUAUGUUAAGCGAAAAUAGUGUAUAAUAUAUUAUUAUCUAGUCGCUAUAACUUAUAGUACUUCUUCUGUAUUAUAUUAAUUGUAAAUUAUACUCAAAACUUUAUUUUAUGACUAUGGAUGUAUUUUAUAAAAAGAGUUCAACGGUUUUUGUGUUGUAUUGAUGUCGAGUAAAACAAUAUUGGUCAAAUAUCAAAAUAUCGGUAAAACAUAAUCAUUCCGUAUAAUUUAAUAAAACAAAUCACGGUGAUAAAUAUCACAAAAAUUAUAACUUUUCGUAAAAUAUUUAUAUUUGUUUUGUUCUUUUAUCUAAAAUCUACCAUUCGAAUAUAUUAUUAUAUUAUUAUUAUACUUACUAUCAUUAAUUAAUUUCUUGUUUGCACAACCACAAAAACUAUUAACUUUUACAUAUCUAUCGGUUGAAUAAAAAAAAAACUACCUGUUAUGAUCAAACCUCAUAAUUUAUAUAUAUUAGGAUAAAAGAUAAACUAUUAAAGUAUAAUUAUUACAAAAGCGACAUUAAAUUGUUUAUUUGGAAUAAUCAUUAAAUAUUAUAAUUUAUAAGCGCACUAAAUGUACACCGUUGAUGUAACUUACGCAGUAUUGUCUGUUUAAGUCGAGUGUUUAAAAAAUAUUACAAUUAAUAUCGUUUUAUUAUUAUAGAAAAUAUGAUUAUCGUGUCAUAACAAUUGCAUUGUUAACUUAUUUAGUUUUCGUUUUGUUGUUAGUGUGUAUAUCUAUAUUAAUGAUUAUGAAAUUUUCUUCACAUUGUAUAUUG